AUGACGCGAUUCUGGAAGAACUCCUCUUAUUUCAGGGUGAAUUACGUCUGCAUCAUCGCUCUGAUCAUCAGUUUCUCUCUUCCCGCCCACCCAUUCUCGCUCAUCCUCCUCCUAUGCCUCGCCGCUUCAUGGCUCUUCCUCUACCUCUUCCGUCCAUCCGAUCGACCUCUUAUCCUCAUCGGCCGAUCUUUCUCCGAAUACGAGACUCUCGGUGGCUUGAUACUAUCCACGAUCGCCGUGAUCUUUUUCACCAGCGUCGGAUCUGUACUGAUAUCCGCUCUCAUGAUCGGAAUAACAACAAUUCCACCCCUGGUCGACGAAUUCUUUGUCCUGGUCGAGGAUUCCAUCACCUGGUAG